AUGGCCUGUCCAUUUCCUUAUACCUAUGUCUCGUGCCCCUGUGCCGAUACACCUGUCCCCGACCCAGCCAGAAAGCGCAGGUCCAGGGAGUCGCCGCAGAAAUCAACCCCCGAGCGCACAAAAGCUAGCAGCGGUCAAGACACAAACGAAGUGAAACCGCCGCACACUCAAAAUGAGCAAGAUGAAGAGGAGGAGGAGGAGGAGCAAACCUUCGACCCGAGAUCACCUCGGUCCAAUUUUUCACUAUAUCCACCUGAACAGCUCCUUUACUGCGAAGAUUGCCACCAGAUCAAAUGCCCGCGAUGUAUAACAGAGGAGAUUGUGAGCUGGUACUGCCCGAACUGCUUAUUUGAGACACCCAGCAGCAUGGUGAGAGGAGAUGCAAACCGAUGCGGUCGGAACUGCUUCAAUUGUCCCGUCUGUACAGCUCCGCUAUCUGUCAGUACAAUUGAAAAUGUCACAGGAAAUGGUAAUCAGCAAGGCCCUUGGGUCUUAUCCUGUGGUUAUUGUCUUUGGACAACGCUUGACAUCGGUAUCAAGUUCGACAAACCCACCAAUAUUCGCAAUCAGCUACAGAAGAUGACCGACUCUCUAUCUGGCCCAGCAUUCGAUACUCGGUCAAGACAAGGAUCCCGCGCUUUCGGCGAUCUCAAAUCACCUUUGUCCAAUCUGGCGUCUAUUGAAGAGCCGGCUACUACCCAAGAUGGUGCCGGAGAGCAGCCCACGCAGAAUGACCAGGAAGUUACGCCCAAUCUAGGCGCAGAGGCCCGAUUUGCGACUCUAAAGAACUUCUAUCGAUCACAAAUUUCUGAGACAUCGACUUCUCCAAGUGAUGCUAUGGGCUCGGACUUUGGGUUCUCGUCGCCCGGUGCCUUGAACCGACUCAUGUCUCUAUAUGCUUCAUCGUCACGUCUAAGCGGACUAUAUGGCGGAAAUAAGAAGCAAAAGCCGAAGCCACCAGUCAUGCGCGAGGCAAUAAAUGCUAGCGAGGGUCUUCGCAUUGCCUCAGAAGACGGCGACGCCUCCAUCAUAGAGCGACUUGCUUCCCCGGAUUGCGGUUGGGAUGGCGUUGCAUCAUUGAGCCAGCGCACAGAACAAUCUCCUGAUGUCCGAUUCUCCCAUGACCUAAUGCCAUUACCGGUGCUUCUUCGCACGAAACGUGCUAAGCGAUGCAAGUCUUGCAAGCAUAUUCUCGUCAAGCCCGAAACCAAGCCACAGUCUACACGCUUCCGUAUUCGGCUUAUUGCUCUCAGCUACAUCCCACUCCCGACACUACGUCCCCUUACGCUUCCAUCUUCGUCUCUGGCCCCGUCUCCGGCUCCGGAUCUGAAUGCACUGGCCCCGUUGCGUCCCGUCCAUGUUCUGCUUACAUUGAAGAAUCACAUGUUUGAUCCGGUGCGCAUUACCUUGGCUACUCCGUCUGUUACUCCAGGCCGCGUUGCAAGCAAAGUGACGGUGCUUUCCCCUCAAUUCGACAUUGGGCCCAACAGCGAUGUCUGGGAUGAGGCUUUACAAGGUGCGUCGGCGCCUAUCACUACCGACCCUCGCCUCCGCGCUGCCGAGAAGAUUCCUGAGGCCGGCAAGGUCUGGGACAAGGGUCGCAAUUGGACUACAGUUGUUCUUGAAGUGAUCCCGGGAACACUACCUGGCUCAGAAGCUGAGGGUGGAAAGGAAGGGGCCGAUGAGGAUGAGCUCGCAGUUGCUUCGCAGCAAGAUGAGGAUGUUCUCGAAAUCCCAGUGUUUGUGCAUAUGGAAUGGGAUGCCGAGGCACAGCUCGAGCAGCAGAAUGUUGGAAAGGAAGCUAAGCCAGGUGACUUGGUGGCUCGAGAAUUGGCCUACUGGAUGGUGCUUGGUGUGGGGAGAAUCACGGCGUCGUUGUAG